GAGACGCGCUGGCAGGUUGGGUAUGUGCCAAUGGUCUGUGUUACUGCUGUGUUGUGGAUGGUCAAGAGAGUGUGCAUAAUUUGGAGAGAAUUACGCGCGGGUAGACGCCAGAUAGAACAAUCUUCAUCUCAAAAAGGGACAUUUCAGAGUCUCUGUUGAAUAUAGCUGUGGAAUGGAUUUAGAGCCAGUAGAAAGGUGAUGCGGGUAGGAACACCCUAUUGGAAAGCGACUGUCACCUUUGCCUGUAGGUGUUCAAAGCUAACACCAUGCCAUAAGGAACUGUGUGCUACAACGAUUUUACUGUGGGCUGGAACUAUUCUUUAGGGCUGGAAAGAGGACCUUCUCCACUUUCAACAUGCUAAUAGCUAACAGUGGCAUUUUCAGAGAGCUCUUCCAAUGUCUCUGGCUGAUAGCAAACCAUAGAGCUCCUCAGUCAGUGGAAUAGUCCUUAAUUAGGAACAACAAACGCACUGCACCUGCAUCUGCUCUACGUAAACACAUAUAUAUUGGACACAGCAAGCUGCCGUGCAGAAGCUCAAGACGGCGGCUGGCACCUCUGCAUGUGUGCACCUGUGUCUGUAUAGUUAGUGUGUAUGUUUCCCUGUCUGCGUGUGUGUGAGUGUGCGCCACCUUGGAUCCUCCUUGGAGCCGCACACCGCCCGGGCGUCCAGCCUUCGGCCCGGAGAUGCUGCAGACCAACAACUACUCCCUGGUGCUGCUGAUCCAGCUGAGCCUGUUGACCUUUGACCUGUUCGUCAACUCCUUCAGCGAGCUGCUGAGGGCAGCGCCCGUUGUCCAGCUGGUGCUCUUCAUUAUCCAGGACAUAGCCAUCCUGUUUAACCUGAUCAUCAUUCUGCUGAUGCUGUUCAACACCUACGUGUUCCAGGUGGGCCUGGUGUCCUUGCUGCUGGAGCGCUUCAGGGCCCUGCUGCUGCUCUCUGCCCUCUACCUGACCCUCAGCAUCUCCCUACACUCCUGGAUCAUGAAUCUACGCUGGCUAAAAUCAAACCGCUAUGUGUGGACAGAUGGUCUCCAAGUGCUUUUUGUCUUCCAAAGAAUAGCGUCCGUGUUGUACUACUACUUCUACAAGCGCACCACAGAGUACCUGGGUGACCCUCGGCUCUAUGAAGACUCGCCUUGGCUCAGAGACGCCUUUGCCAAUGCCAGGGCCCGCCAGUGAGCAAAGAGCAGUUUGUGGAGAUUAAACUGGAAAGGACAGAUCCUAAAUUGACCCCUCCAUUUCCCCCCGGACACAGAGACACUGCUACGUGCAGAACUGAAAUAGACGCUACAGUGCACAGGCAUGGGCUUAUACGGAGGGAAGACGUGGGUAAACUUUAACAAGAAGGGUGAAAAAUGAGAUUCUGCUUGGAUACAGCAAGCCACUUUGCAGGGCAAGCCAGAUGUACUGUAAGAGGCAAACUGGUUAAGGGCCUUGAUUAAUGGACAGAAUGUUAUACCAAGAUGACUGUGAUGCUGAAAUUUGAGAACUCCUAGUUUGAUGUGACAUUGACACAACAAGUUAUAUCUUUUUUUCACACUUUGUAACCUUGUGACUGCGUUUGUCUGUGUUAUUUAGCUAUCAAUGUAAUUAUUAACUUUGUUGUUUUGUAGGAUGAUUUGAGAGUUUGUGUGCCAGAUUUUGUGUGUGAAGAUGACUGGAAAGAAAAACUAAUGUUUUAUGUGUUUAAAAUGCUUACUUUUCCCCCCUGCUUUUUGUACAAAUGUAUUAAACAAAACCCAGACAGUGCAUACACUGAUACACCCUG